CAGACUAGGCUGUCCUUCCUUGCUACAUCAUCAAAACACGUUUCAGCUCGCUAGCUUCCCGGCGGAGAUGGAUCCCAAGAAGAGGCCAACCAGAAGUUCAAGAGCUCCGGCCAGAAUCCAAUCUCUCGACCACGACAUCCUCUGUAUCAUCUUCUCUUUUCUCGACUUCUUCGACCUCGCACGUUGUUCCGUCGUCUGCAAAACCUGGAGUGGUAUUAUCAACAAGUCAAAGUUGCUAGAAGCGCUUUACUACAAGAAGUGGCAGAUGGGUCUCGUGGGUUCUGAGAAUAGGUCCAGUGGGUGCCCAGAGAAAUCUUUGAAUGUUUAUUUGGAGGAGAUGGCUCUGCGGCAUCAUAGACUGGCUUUACAGCAAGGUCGGGUUCAGGUUGAUCACUGGAGAGCUCACUCCGUUGGGGUUGAUCAGUGCCGAAAGAAGAUGGGUUUGCUUCUUACUGGCAUUGGUGAUAAGGUUAUGCGCCUUUGGUCAUUGGAAAGCUAUAAAUGUGUGGGAGAAUAUCCCAUUCCAGACAAAGUCCCUUUAGUUGACUUUGAUUUUGAUGAGAGCAAGAUUGUUGGUUUGGUUGGCAGUCGUAUAUGCAUAUGGAGGCGGAAUGGGAUAAGAAGUAUAUUCCCCUCGCGUGAGGGCACCUUUCCAAAGGGCUUAUGCAUGCGUUACUGCGAUCCUGAUGCUGUGGUUGGCUGUGUGGAUGGGACAGCUCGUGUAUUUGACAUGUACAGUCAACAAUGUUCUCAAAUCGUUAAAAUGCAUGCUGGUCCAGUGACAUGCUUGUGUUUGAGUGAUGAUCAGUUGAUACUUAGCGGUUCUUCUCUUGGCAGUAUCACGGUGUCUAAUCUUUUAUCUGAUCAGCGGGUUGCAGAAUUAAGACUGACACAUUCCACAGGCAUAACGACUAUGUGUUUCAACCCCUCAUCUCACCUGCUGUUCGCUGGAUCCACUGCUGGAUAUGUAUUUUGUUGGGACCUCAGGACAAGAAGAUGUUUAUGGGAGACACGAGUGAGUCCAAAUGUGGUAUAUUCAAUGCAACACCUGAGAAAUGAUGCAUCAAGCUUGGUGGUUGGUGGAAUAGAUGGUGUGCUACGUAUACUGAAUCAGAACACAGGUGAAGUAGUUUCAAGGUUUGUUUUGGAAGGCAACUUAUUGUCAAGUUCAAGUUCAAGUUCUCAUCAAAACGUAGUUGGAAGUGGCACCAUCCAAAGAAUGACAGGACGAAGGCUUUCGCAAAAUGCUUCAAUUGAUAGCAUUCCUAGAAGCAGUCGACCUCCCAUCACUUGCUUAGCGGUCGGGAUGAAGAAGGUUAUCACCACACACAAUAAUAAGUACAUCAGAACGUGGAAGUUCAACUAACCAAGAGAGGCUACUCUUUUUGUUAGCAUCUCAAUAUCGUCAAUAUCUGCAGCUUGAAAUCAAGCACCUGGAGCAAAACUCCAGUCUCAGAGAAAGAUGGUUUACCAGUUUGGUACUUUACAACACCUGGGGUUAAGCAGGAUGUUCAUUUUGUUGCUUUCCAACACCAGGCAUUCUUGAUUAGAUGCCCAAUAUGCAAUCUGUUUUAGAGAUUCAACGAUGUAAACAUUUCUUGCAACUAUACAUUGUACAAUAGGCAUUGAAAAAAUUAUGAUGUAUUAUGCAAAUACUAUUCGUUUGUUAUUUUGUUCCAUAUCUUUAUGAAAUGUUUGGUUUUAAAAGACUAAA